CUGACUCUAUACUUGGCCGUAAAAAUGCCGCCUUUGCAACUCCGUAGGCUCCUCCUUCACCACCUCUCUUUUCCGACGCCCCACCACCGCCUCCUUUCUCCACAACCCACUUUUUGUUGCCGUUUUUCCCCUGCCCAUUUCCUUAAUUUCCUCUCUAAACCCUUCUCUUCCGAAUCCGAGACUGCAUCUGCAUCCACCACAAACCCUAAAAAAACCGUAGAUGACCCAGAUCAAGAACUCGCUCAAUCUCUCUCUAGAGAGCUCCUUGCGAAUUCUGACACUGACGCAUUACCCGUUUCUCAAAGACUUCACCUUAGCUUCUCUCACAUCAAGCCAACACCUUCCCUGGUCCUCUCCACGCUCAGUCUUAGCCAUGAAGCUGGCCGUAUGGUUCUAGGGUUUAAUCAAUGGCUUACUCAAAAUGCUAACUUUUCCCACUCUGACGAAACGCUGUCAUUUUUUACUGAUUAUUUCGGUCGUAGAAAGGAUUUUAAGGCGAUCCAUGAAUUCCUUCUUGAAAAUAAGGAGGUUUUAGGGGCUAAAACCCUUGAAUCUUGCGUUGAUAGAUUGGUUCGGGCGGGUCGGCCAACGCAGGUUUUAGGGUUUUUUGAGAGAAUGGAGAGAGAUUAUGGGUUUAAACGUGAUAAAGAUUCACUGAGAGUGGUUGUGGAGAAGUUAUGUGAAAAUGGGUAUGCGAGUUAUGCGGAAAAAUUGGUGAAAAAUACUGCAAAUGAGAUAUUCCCAGAUGAUAAGAUAUGUGAUUUGUUGAUUAAAGGUUGGUGUGUUGAUGGGAAACUUGAGGAGGCAAAAAGAUUGGCUGGAGAGAUGUAUAGAGGAGGUUUUGAGCUUGGCACAAUGGCUUUUAAUUCUAUUCUUGAUUGUGUUUGUAAGCUUUGUAGAAAAAAAGAUGCAUUUAGGCUUGAUUCUGAGGCUGAGAAAGUGUUGGUUGAUAUGGAUUAUUAUGGGGUUCCAAGGAAUGUGGAGACAUUCAAUGUGAUGAUCAGUAACUUAUGUAAGAUUAGGAGAACUGAGGAUGCAAUGAAGUUGUUUAAUAGGAUGGGAGAGUGGGGUUGUUAUCCAAACGGAACUACAUUUCUUGUUUUGAUCAAGAGUUUGUAUCAGGCGGCGAGGGUUGGAGAAGGUGAUGAAAUGAUUGAUAGAAUGAAAAGUGCUGGUUAUAAAAUUGAUAAGAAUGCCUAUUAUGAAUUCUUGAAGAUUUUGUGUGGGAUUGAGAGGGUUGAGCAUGCAAUGAGUGUGUUUGAGAAGAUGAAGGAAGAUGGGUGCAAACCUGGGAUCAAGACUUAUGAUUUGCUGAUGGGAAAAUGGUGUGCUCAUAACCGAGUUGAUAAGGCGAAUGUGUUGUUUAAUGAGGCAUCGAGUAAUGGGGUACCGGUGACACCCAAAGAGUAUCGGGUGGAACCAAGUUUUUUGAAAAAACCAAAGCCGUUGAAGAAAGAGAAGAAGAGGGAGACAUUUCCUGAGAAAAUGGCAAGGAAGAGGAGACGUCUUAAGCAAAUCAGAUUAAGUUUUGUGAAGAAGCCAAAGCGCAUGAUGAUGCGAUGAGACUUCUAACAGUCUAAAUUUUCUUGUGCAAUUAAAGCUAUGUCAUUUAGCAGUAAUUCCUGGUUUGUGCAGUAAAAGCUUCACAUGAAUCUAGAGUUUGCUUUGCAUGAGAAGGAAUGGUAAGAUGGGAGUUUAACUUGAAAACUGUCUUUUUGAUAUAACAUAAAGAUCUGAAAUCUGGUACUGAGUAAUUUUUCAUUUGAUUAUUAGAGUUUCUUAAACAUUACUCAUAUAGAAGCCAAUAUUAUUAGUGUUUUCAUUUUCAUUUGAUUAUCAAUGAAGAUAUCAAAUGAGCACCAUAAAUGAGAUACAAACAGUAAGUUGAGCGGCAGGAUUUCCCUAUGGGCAUGUUUCAGUAAUUGAACAUGUUUUGCUUCAAAGCUUUGCUUAAUUCUCAGAUGGA